UUGACAACACAAAAUUAUCGAGAUCACGGCGGUUGUAUAGAAACGAUGGAUAAGGUUGAAAACGGGCAAGUGAUGGCAAUCAAACAAGAAGAUAAAAGAGAGAGGGAGCAGGUGGUAUGCAAGAGGUGUAAAGCAACUUACAGCCCGUCUUCGAACAACCCUUCUGCUUGCCGAUUCCAUCCUACGUUCUUCGUCUGUCGACGUCACGACGAUCAGAAAAGGUACUAUGAACUGGGACCUGAUGACCCACCCUAUGCUGCCAAAUUCUAUGAUUGCUGUGGAGCAGAGGAACCCGAUGCAUCUGGCUGCACCACCGGUUUCCAUAUCUCUUAUGAUGAUGACUAAUCAAAUAUAAAUAGAAACACGAUACAUUAUCUCAAGAAUGUAUGAAGUUGAAACACAAAUUUAAACGAAUUUGGUC